AUGUCUCGGUGCAGCUCAGAGAUGGACCCCGACGUCCCCGAUGUAGGUCAGGAGGCAAUGCCUUUAAGACUUUUAUCACUCGGCAAGUUGAAACAUCCUCUUUUGAGAUAUCUACUAAACGUUUGA